AGUCACCAACUUUCGCCUGACUUGCUAAUACAAGUUUAUAUAGUGCUCAUACAGAUCAGUAGAACAUUGGUUUUAUUUUGCAGUGAUAAGGCAACUGAUCUACUUUUGUAGUACUAUAAUAGAACUUUUGACACAAUCAUUGUAAUGCGUAUGCAUGACAAACCCGUUUGCUGUUGGCAGGCUGUCAUUUUUUUAUUUAAAGCAUAUAUGACCAUUGUAUGAUUCAUUGUACGGAUAUUGUGGGUAUUUACUGGCUGCAAAAUGUAUUAGGGGAAGGACUGCGUUUUGACAUCUCUAAUUUAAGUGCGCUGGAAUAUUAAGAAGCAAAUGCGAUAGAGAUUUUGGUUACAAGCUUAUGGUUUGAGGUAAUGCUAAUUUACUUGUUUUUGUCCAGCUAAUGCUAAUUCACUUCUUUUCAUCUCUCAGGGAGCAUCCCACAAGUUGGUUGUUGACAUCAUCCAAAACCGUGGAGACAAAUUAGAGCCCAUUAUUUGUAGUUUCUUGUGUUCCAUGCAAUUUCAACAACGAUAUGCCGGUUUUUCUCAUGACGCACUCAGGGUUUUUGGCAUGACCAAUGGUGUCAAGCAGGGACUACGCCAUCAACAUAUUAAUUUCCAAUGUGAUUAUGACUCUGCAACAUGUACUUUCUUACUAUUUUCCCUGAAUGUGCAUGCUUCCUGCUCACCAAUCAAGCUGGUGCUUGUUUCAGGAAACAUAGGAAAGAGAGAAGCAUAUGUGAUUGCUAAACAAUUUCACCCCAUCGAUGGUACUAAAAUCAAUGGCUUAGGAUGGAUGAUGGUAACAACAAAGCAAAUGGCCAAGUCUUUUGAUGUUUCAUCAUUUAUAGAGGUACUCACAAGGACCAUCUACUUUGCAACUAUGAAGAAUACAAAUUUGAAAAAAAAAAGGAUUGGGUACAAAUGCUGAUUACCUGAAUGCCAUGUGGAAUAGCCUAAGAAGCAGGGGGUUGGUGCUCCUCAAGUUGUGCAAUGUUGAUUACCUCAUCUUUCUAUUUUUUAUCAUAGCAGACUUACUUAGAGAAGGGAUGCUAGAGAAAUUGCAAAAUAUCAUGAAAUACGCAGUUGGCUCUUAGAGAAUGAUAGUUCAAAUUUGUGCUACCUAAGACUGACGGUAAUUUUUUAGUAGCACAGGAUCUGGAUAUUAGGUGGUAUAUACUACGUACUAUACCGCAGCAUGGAAACAUUAGAGAACUUUUAGACAAUCUAUGUCUUUGCUUGUUAUAAACUUUUUUUUUGUUUCUACACAUGUCAAUAAUAACGGUGAGAAUUGAUCUGGCACCGGACAUGGUAUAUUGAAUUUGUUUCAAACACUAUUCAAGUAGUCUUUAGUGUA